AUGGGCGGGUCAGAGUCAAAACCAUCGCCUCAACCAGUCUGGACAGAGUCAAAACCAGUAGCACCACCACAGCCUCAACCAGAAUUCGAUGAAGCAUGGAGAAAAUUUGAUUGGAAUCAGAGAGAUGUCCUGAAAAAGAAGCUAGAAGAAUUCACUCCCAGUAAUGAAGAUGUGAAGUACAUCAAGAUCCUGGUUGCUGGAGCAAUUGCAGCAGGAAAGUCCAGCUUUAUAAACUCGGUCAAUAAUGUCUUUCAACAACGGAUCACCUCCAUAGCAAUAGCAAAUUCAGCUGGGCAAGGUUAUAGUUUUACAAAAAAGCUCAAAGGGUUCCAAAUUAAAAGUGGACACAAGUUCUUGCCCUAUGCCUUCACAGACAUUAUGGGCUUAGAACCUGGUGUGUUGGCUGGGUCACAACCAGAGGACGUCAUCAAUGCUGUAUUUGGUCAUGUGAAGGAUGGCUAUAAAUUUGAUGAGUCGGUGCCAGUCACUCCGGGGAAGGAACAUUACAUCAGUGACCCCAACCUCUCUGACCAGGCUUUCUGUCUGGUUUAUGUCGUAGAUGCUGAUAAAAUAUCAUUCACUGACCAGAAACUUAUUGACAAGUUGAAGAUCAUUCGCCACAGAAUCUCUGAUAGAGAUAUUCCUCAAGUGAUUGUCAUGACCAAAAUAGAUGAAGCAUGUCCAGUGGUGAAGAAAGAUCUAAGAAAGGUGUAUCACAGCAAGAAGAUCAAAGAGAAGAUGCAGAUGUGCAGUGACUUGAUUGGUGUACCAAUGUGCAACAUCUUCCCAGUGAAGAACUACCAUGAUGAAAUCGACACAAAUCCUGAUGUUGAUGUUCUGAUUCUGAAAGCACUGGAUCAGAUUGUUUAUCUUGCUCAUGAUCGACUUGAUAGAAGCAGUAGCUAGUGACAUUAAGCCUGUACCAUCUGAAAAUAUUUUAAGGAUUAUAAAGAUGCUCUUUUCUCUGCAUGUUAAAAUAAAAGAGCUAUUAAUGUUUAUUAUUGCAUCACCAAUCUGUUUUGCAUCAUCAAACAUCAUCAUCCCUCUGCAUUCAGAAAUGUGAGUUACAGGCGCGUGCGAUUAAUAAAUGAAGGACUGUAGCCCACUUUGUGUAAAUUUAAGGAAUCACUGCAUCGUGAAAACAAUUUGUUUGUUUAACUUUAGUGAAAUGUGCUUUGAACAAUUAUUGUUGACCAAAUAUUAGUCAAUUGAAUUCAUUAAAUCAGCUGUAUGAAAUCUGUAUCACUAACCAUUCAGGGCUACAGUCAACACAAACACAAUGCUGAGAAUAUUCAUCUUCUUUCAGAAAAAUCUAAUAAAUAGAAAAAUAUCAAAUGUUACUUGAUUAUAAACACCCAUUAAACAUUUCUACUGUUAAUAAAAUAAACUUUUAAUAUUUUUAUAAUAUUUUAUACAACAGUUCUUUUUGAUAUAAACGUUUGUUUUGUCUAGAGCUUCUUUAAAGUCACGCAAGAAUCAAAUAUUUUAUGUAUCUGGUUAAACCUAAAUCUGCUAUUAUCUUUUCAACUAUACGCUAUUUUUCUGAUCAGUCAACUUUCAGAAGCUGAUCUGUGAGGGUCUGUGUGCGUGUGAGAUAAUUCACAGCAAGGGCGGAUUGUAAACUAAUGAGUUAGAGACUUUUAAAACCGUAUUGGUAAAAUGUAAUACGGUCCACUCUGCCGAAAAGUAAAAAGAAAAGUUUAUUUUAGAUUUUAGGUGGAGCACCAGCGCUUAUGGCAAACACUGCAGAGUCUAAAAGUUUGUAACAUCACAAAUAUUUAAUAUAUUCCGUAUACGUGUAUAGUUUAAGCAAUCCCCUACGCCAUAACCUUCGGCGCCGUCCAUACUACUUUCUUUAGACUAAAGUGUAUUUAUUUUAACCUAAAUAAAAGUUUAUUCGCAUCACGAACUUCGUGAAACUGUUCAUGCACCGCAAUCUAUUGUUCAUGCGCAUUAAAGGUCAAUCACCGGUGGUGACAGAGAACGUGUCUGUGUAUUCGUGUCUGUUUAUGUAUGUGUGUGUUUACGUGCUCGUGGCGUAGGGUGUGAGUGUGAGAGGCUGUGAGUGUGCGUGCGUUUGUGUGUGUGUGUGUGUGUGUGUGUGUGCGCGUGAGUGUAUGGUUAUCACUUGGUAGGGGUCUCAAAUGAUCAAUGGUAGGACCUUUAUGAAACGGAGCAGGCCCUGGUCAGCCUGUGGGGUUAGGUUCAAUUUAGGUUAGCAUGUAUCAUUGCAUAAUAAGCAAACAUGAAAUUAUAUUAACCUAUGGUUUGUUACUGAUGUUCCUAGUUGUGUGUUUUUUCUUAGGCAAACGUUUUCUUUUCAAACUUAGGCAUUCUUCAUACUUUUGUCUUUUCAUACAUUUGUUCAUAGUUUUUUAAUCGCUAGUGUCAACGCAUGUCUGAGAUUUUUGUAAACUCAUCAGAUUUACUUGUGUUUUCUUAAACAAACUUUUGCUUUUCAAACUUAGGCAGUCUUCAGACUUUUGUCUUUUCAUACUUUGUCCGUAGUUUUUCUUCGCUAGUGUCAACUUGUGUCUGAGAUUUUUGUAAACUCAUCAAAUGUUCUUUAUUGUCACUGUGGUUUUCUGCAUUGAAUUUGUUUACUGCUUAUGUUUCUUGUAUGUUUUGCUGCACCGAUUUCAUAAAAACA